UUCCAGUUCUGUUUAGUUGUCGAUUGAACGUCUCAAAGUCUGUACAGUUUUGUAAAGUGUUUCGUCUAGUUUUGUGAAUCCAUUAUGAUAAAAUCCGAUCCCAAUAAUUCUGCAUCCGAUUCGGAGCAUGAGUCCCAAGAGGAAGAGCAGGAGGAUGAGGAUAUGGAAGAGGGCAGUUCGCAGUCUUCUGGCGAAGAGGAAGAAGUUGCCGCAGACGCUGCGCAUCCCUUUCCCACACCUCCGCCCGAUGCAGACAGUAAUAUGCCGAUGGUGGAAAAAGCCACAACUAAGAAGAUGAAGUAUAACUCCAUCCUCUCGUUAGCCUUUGCGGCUAUCGAAGCGAUGCCCAGUCGCAGUGGUUCCUCAGUUUAUGCCAUUGUCAAGUAUAUGAAGUCCAAUGGCUUCCAGGGCACCGAAGAGUCGCGCUUAUCCAAGCUUGUGCUUAAGAACCUGAAAGCUGCCGUGAUUAGAGGAGAAUUAGAGCAAGUGAAGCGUUCAUUUAAGCUUUCGGCUGCAUCGAAAAAUAAGUCAAAAGCUUUGGAGAAAAUGAAGCUGAAGAAAGCUAAAGCGAAGGAAAAGGAGAAGCUGAAGGAAAUGAAAGGAAAGAAAGAUUCGGCAGCGGCAAAAGCAAAGAGCUCCGCAAAAGCAAAAACGACAAAGGAGAAAUCUGGUAUGAAGGCUUCUGAACGCAAAACUAACGAGCCCAGCAAAAAAGCCAAAAAAGAUAAAGCAGCAGCUGCCGCAGCGUCGUCCGCCAAGGAGGACGUCGAAGAUUCAGAAAAGCCAAAGAAAACUGCUAAGGGAAAAGCCAGCGCGUCGAAAGAGAAAAUGGAAAGCGUCUCGGAAACAAAAUCGAAAGCCAAGUCAAAGGCAGUUCGCAAGUCGAUUGGCACCCUGGCUCAGCAAGUGCCAAAAAAGAAGGUGGCGUCCAAAAAAGUGAAGCUGGUUGUGGCGGCUAAAAAUGCACAGCCUGUCCCCAUGGAAGAGGGAGACUCUGAGUUCACGGACUCGGCGCCAACCGAUGUCUCAACGCCCAUCAGGGUUGUUAAACCGAAGGGUUCGCGUAAAGUCAAGUAACCCAAUUAUGUUUAUUCUGUCUUAAUCUUCUGUUUUAAGUAUCAAUUUGCUUUACAUGUUAAAUGUUAAGAGCUGUGCUAUAAUUUGAUAAAAUUAAACAAGAUUUUAAUAAGAUUUAAUUUCAAA